GAUAGGAGUACAUGUACAUUGUUUGAUCCCAUAAUAAUAUGAGGCUUCUAUUGGUUGUAUUGGGAUUGUUAUGGCGAAGCACAUCCGGGUCACAUUUCCAGAGUGCCAUUUUCUGGUAUGAGCCACAGGACAAAUCACCAGUGGCGCCUGGAGCACAAAUUGAUAUGCUUAUUCAUAUGAGGAUAUCGUGGACCAGCUCGGGAAGUACAAGAACGCGGUGUGAUAAGUCCGCCAUUGAAAGUAUGCGGACAACUGGUGAAAAUGGGAAUCUCUUAUGUCGUGACAACUGUGCUCGUGUGAACAAUGCUUGGACAGAUGUGAAAUUCAACUGCACCGACUAUGAUCCCCUUAACAACUGGUCCAGUGGAAUAAAGACAAGUCGCGUGACAUUAUAUGAGGGAGAGACCUAUAGAGCGAGUUAUAGAGCGCUGGCGUGGAGGACAUCUCUUGCGGUGGGAGGGGGGCAAUCAUACGAGCUGUCAUUGUUUUUGAACACUUCGGUUCGCACGGAUAUAGGACGGAUCAACACCUCGCCAAUCACAAUGAUGUUCCCUACGGUUAAAUAUCUAUCACCAUGCGAUCAUACCAUCAGGAUUCCAGUUGCCGAUGCGGAUGGUGACGUUGUGCGAUGCAGACUGGCAUCAGCUAGCAAACAAGAUUAUUGCGGUGGAAUAUGUGAUGGGUUCAGAGAUAUCGAGAAUGGGAAAGAUGCAGUCAUGGAUCCGGCAACUUGCACAAUUACAUUUGAAGCAAUCGGAAAACGCCAGUGGUAUGGUGUGCAAAUUGUUGUAGAAGAUUUUGCCCCUUCGGAUACUAACUUUGAACGGCCGUUAAGCCAGGUUCCCCUUGCAUAUCUGCUCCUAUCCAUGCCAUAUAAACUAACUAGUGCUAGUCCUAUACCUUGUAAUAUGGCGCCUUACUGGGUAAACCCAACUCCUCCCGAGGACACGUGCUUUCAACUCCCAAUAGGUCGAAAAUUCUCACUUACGGUAGCUGCAAAAACUGAUAAUACAAACAGAGAGGUAGUAGCCAUAUCAACAUUGAGGCCAGUAAUAGGUGGAAUGAUGAAAAAGCCAGACCAAGUGAGCGUUUCACCGUUGGACUCAAUGAUAAAGACAGCCACAUAUGAAUGGAGCCCCACUCGCUUAGAUGAGGGAUAUAAGUGGUUCUGCGUUCAAGCUAUAGAUGAACAAAGGUUGCAGUCUCCAUAUCGCUGCUAUCUUCUAAACAUCGGAGAACCACCUGAAUUGCUUCCAAACACUAGAAUACCGAACGACGAACGAUUAAGACUUGGUGUGAACACAUGGAAAGUGCAACUGACUCGAAGGGCUCAACCAGCAUACAGAGGUGACAAACUCAUUCGUUUUAUACACUCGGCUAGUGGCGUACAAGUUGACUUCACGAAUACCUACAGUAUAGAUGGCGAUAACUACGCGACGUUCUAUUCAACUUAUGAUUUUCUAGAAGAUGAAUCCUAUGAAAUUCGGUUUGAUGAAGGUAUGUUUGAGGGAUUGUCCGGCAAAGCUGGGUGCAGACUUCAGUCAAGUUCCCUAGAUCAGACAUUCUGGAAAUUUACUAUAGAUGAACCUAGGUGUCCAGGGACUUCAGAAUGUAGUGGAAAUGGCGAAUGCAUAGCUGAUGAAGUUUGUGUGUGUAAUGCUGGCUACAAUAUUGUCCCCGAUUGCUCCCAGCCAGAUUGCUCAAGUGUGAACGAUUGUAAUGGGCAAGGUAUAUGUAUAUCUCCAAACGUAUGCGGAUGCAGUCAAGGUUUCACUGGGGAAGAUUGUACAGUGUCAUUAUGUAAAGAUAUCAAUGAAUGCUCCAAUAAUGGAAAAUGCAAAGGCUUAAACGACUGCGAGUGUGAUUCAGGUUUUAUCGGAACCGAUUGUAGUAAAGAAUGCCCUAGUUGUGAAAAUGGCAAAUGUGUUUUGAAAACAGGUGACAGAGAAGCAACAUGUGAAUGUGACGAUGGCUUCAUAGGCAAGAUUUGCAAUGAGCGUGUCACUACAACAACUACAACACCAAAACCUACAACAACAACACAAAAACCUACUACAACAACAAUAACACAAAAACCCACUACAACCUCAAAGAAACCUACAACAGAACAAAAGACGACAACACCAACAUCAAAUACGAUAAAUGAAAAGUCAACCCGAAGAAGAGUAAAAUCAACCAGAAGGCCCAAGACAACAAAAGCACCACAGACAACAACACCAAGGACGACAACACCAAAGACGACAACACCAACGACGACAACCUCAACAACACCAACACCAACGACGACAACCUCAACAACACCAACACCAACGACGACAACCUCAACGACGACAACACCAAGGACGACAACCUCAACGACGACAACACCAACGACGACAACCUCAACGACGACAACACCAAGGACGACAACCUCAACGACGACAACACCAACGACGACAACCUCAACGACGACAACACCAGCAACAACACCAUCUCCAACAACGGUACCGACAAAAGCACCACAGACAAUCACAGCCACGAAAAGAACCAAGAAACGUAAAAAGGGAACGAAGAAACCUCAAAUAACCAGUACAACACCAAAACCAAAACCUACCAAAGCUGUAAGUGAUAAAGGAGUGUGCGUUUAUGGAAGACCCCUCAAGAAUGGAAGAUGGCGAGUUGAAUGCAACACCAAUAAGGAUUGUCCAAAUGGAUAUCUAUGCAACAAUAACGUAUGCUGUCCUGUACAAAUGCCGUGUAAAAAGAAACUAAUUGAUAGAAAGACUGGAUUCUUCAAGACGUGCAACACACACAAUGCUAUAUGUCCUGGUACUAAAAACUAUGUUUGUAAGAUCGACAUUUACAACAGAUGGUCCUUGUGCUGUAAGACGGACACGUGUACGUUCAAAGGCGACACAUUCGUCCUUGGACAUUUCAGAGAUCCUGAAGAUAAUUGUACACCUUGCAAGUGUAAGAAGCGAAAUGUAGUCACGUGUCAUCAACUGCCACAAUAUUGUAAAGUUUGCAAAGUAGGCGAUGUUUAUUAUAACAAAGGGGAGAUAUACACUGAUGUCGAUGGCUGUAGUAUCUGCGAAUGUGACUCACCUACGAACAAUAUAUGUGAUAGGAGUGAAUGUGGCCGUGGAAAUCGAGUAAAACGUCAGCAGCCAAUUGUAGCUAAAUGCCCAGAAAAUAGCAAAACACUCACGGUGAGGAAUAAAAAUGUUGUGUGUGAUCCCCUCGACAAGAAAAGUUGUCCAAAUGGGUUCUAUUGCAGCGACGGUAUGUGUUGCAGUCACCAAUGGGCAUGCGCCAAACCUAUACGAGAUGAUACUACAGGAGGACUUAUGGAAUGCAGGAAACACAACACUAUUUGUAAGGGGACGAAAACGUCAGUUUGUAAACUAGACGUAAUGGGGAGGUGGUCAAUGUGCUGCUCACAACCAUCGUGCGUAUACAGGGACCAGAUCUUCGUGAUAGGACGAUUCUUUGAUCCACUUGAUGAUUGCACACCGUGUAAAUGCAAAAAGAGAGAAGUUGUGGAGUGCAGACCUACUCCAACAACGUGUCAUGAAUGUCCGGUUGAUGGUACCACGUAUAUGCGCGGGGACUCCUUUAUGCGCAAGGAUGGAUGUACGAAGUGCACAUGCAUUUCUCCUAAACUACAGACAUGUAACAGCACUGCAUGUCCAAAUUACCACACAUGUGCCGUCGGUGAGCCAUUCAUUGUCGCAAACACACGACAACCAUGCAUUAGGAACAAAAAUUGCCCGAAUGGUCAUAAGUGUGUACCUGAUGGGUACUGUUGUCUCCACAAGUCACUCCCAUGUGAGAACCCAUUGACGGACUCUGAUGGACGAUAUGUCGAGUGUCUGAUAGAUGGCGAGUCGUGUGAAGGUGUUCCGUUUUAUAAAUGCAAGGUCGAUGUUAAAAACCGAUGGUCCGUUUGCUGUCCAAAAAAAACGUGUAAAUUUCACGGAAUAAUUAUAGAUGGCGGAGCAUUUAAGGACCCUAUAGACAAUUGUACACGUUGCAAAUGUCACCCGAAAACAGGGAAGGUUAUGUGUGAAUAUAGACGCUUCUGUAAUAAGUGCAAGGCGAAUGGUUUGACAUAUUUGCGAGGAGAAUUUUUCACAGCUGAGGAUGGUUGCUCUAGAUGCGAAUGCGUUUCACCAAAAAUAAGAAAAUGCGAUAGCAGUACAUGUGAGAAAGACAGAGAGACCUGACUGCUCUACUUGUAUUAGAACAUGAUCUUUGAACAAGGAAACGCUUCAACGAAUGACCAAGGAAAUGUUAAACCUAUGAACUUGGAUUACUUCAAAUAUAAUUUAUGCAUCAAAAUAUUACAGAAAAAUCUGAAGUAUUUGGAAAACAAGUGGCUAGCAGUAAAUUGCAAUACAAUCGCUAAAAAUGUUAUCUCAUCUCGGAUGGCUUUAUUUAUUUGAAAUAUUUUACAUAAAUCAGUGAAUAUAGAGAUAUAUUUGAUGUGUACAAUAUUUAGAACCAAACAAACAAACAAAUAAACAAAC